AUGAUGGAUGUCUGGUUAGGAUCCAUUGCAUUGAAUGGGGAAGCGCAGUUGCAAGAUGUAAGACUGCGCGACCCUACACACAGUGGACAAUUCGAUAUACCAAAGAAUUCUGUGCUCAGCCUCCGAUGUUUCGUCAACCCUGCUUUGGUCCCUCUGCAUGCGCGAGCUGGGCCGAACCUUGAGUUUCAUACCACGGACGUUACAACGUCGCAAUGGCUGAAAGCCAAAUUGCUGGGGAACAUGUGGCUUGACGAUGAAGAUUUGGAGAAAUUCCAAUUGCUUCAGUGUCCUGUUGCGCUUCUUAUAAGCGUCGAUAAUUCUAGCCAGAGAAGAGCUACUUCUGCCGCUAAGAGUAUUGUCUCCGACUUGUUGAUCUACGGAAUCUUGUCGAGUAAAGCAUCUUUCGAGCGUCUCCCCACCCCCCCUGAGUCGUCUUCGCCAGAUUUCCACGAGAGUAUCACCUUCAUUAAACGGGAGCUGAGAAUAUAUGCUGCGCCUCUUUCCGAUCAUCUUAUCGCAAAAACCCACGCUCUUCCCUCCCUGCUGCCCACACUGAACGAUGUGCAUACUGGGGAUGCUGAAUUUGUGGAAUUCCUGCAUGGCUCAGACUCUCCCAACCAAAAGCGAAAAAGGGUCGCUACGCUGUUUGAAGUGGCCGCGCAGCAUCAUAGAAGGGUGCGGCAGAAAGGGGGAGAAGCCGUUUCUCAGCUUAUGGCAAAUGCACUUUCCCAAUCUCAAUCCUCCACGCAGCCGCAGACCCUCAAAAGCAAACGAGAAUCCGAAGAGCCAGGGAUUCUUGCCUUGGAAAGAAUAGCAUCGCAACGAGGACGUUCACUGUCUCUGGGACCGAAUUCGAACACUAGCACACCGCUAGAAUCCCAUACCAGGCAUUCCAGGCCAAAUAGUAACCGCGGGCUGGCGCACAGUGCAAGCUCAAGCUCCAGGAGGGCCACACCAAAUCCAGCUCUUGAGGCAUCUGUGCGAAGGGAGGCUUCUCCUGGUUUACCUUUCCCUGAGGAAACACCACAUUUACCGUCCUCUCCAAAGGAUGCGGAGACUAUCGUUUCAGAGAACAAGCAUCUUAUUACCCGCACAAUACUGACGUGCAUGCGACUAUACGGCUACAACCGUUCGACGUCCCGAUCUGUGUCUACGAGCAAGGGCAUUACGGCCGGCGGGAUCAAUUCGGGCCAAGAGGAAACCGAUGGCAUCCGAGCAAUGACUCCGGCUCCUGGAAUGGAGGAAGAUGAAUUUAAGACCAUGUACCAUGCCACUUAUCGUGCGUCUACAUUUGCGCUGCGAAAGUAUCUAAAAGAGACUCCUGUAGCCGGAGAGACUCUGCCGCCUGUUCUGAAGAAAGAAAAGGCGAUGAUUCUGAUCGAUGAGUUCUUAAAGUUGUUCUGCGAGGAACAUUAAGGCCUGGUUGGCGCAAAACGAACGAGCUCCCACAGACGUUAAACCGCUUUCAUGAUGUUACGAGAUAUUUUUGUACAUAUGAGUGAUCAAUUUUCUGGCUUGAUAGGCGCAAAGGCAUGGGAUGGAGUAUAGAAGUAGAGGUUCUUUGCAUUGGUUGCAUGUCAACAGGUCCACUUGGCCGAAUUCGUAUAGAUAUAUAGAAACGGGAAAGCUGC